AUGUAUACCCUCUACAUCGGAACAUUCAUCCACCUCCCCCGUCUCCCUGCGGACGCCGACCUCGACGCCGACCACAAACUCUCCAUCAACCAUGGCGCGCUGUGGGUGUCCGAGGAUGGUAUCAUUGAGGGGUUCGACUGGAGCGUCAAGAGCCCGAAGGAUGUGAAGGCGUUUCUGCGGAAGAAGGGGUGGGUGGCAGAGGGCGAGAAGGGGAAGGGCAAGGGACAGGCCACGCAGGUGAAGGUGGUCGUUGCGAGAGAGGAUAGGAAUGAGUUCUUUUUCCCGGGGUUCGUGGACACCCACAUCCACGCCCCCCAAUACCCCAACACCGGCCUCUUCAGCACCUCGGGCCUGCUCACCUGGCUACAAACCUACACCUUCCCGAUGGAAUCCUCCUUCGCCUCGCCCAGCUCCCUCCCCACCGUCCCCCCGCCCCAGGCCUACCGCGUCUACAACCAAGUCAUCUCGCGCACCCUCUCGCACGGCACCACCACGGCCUCCUACUUCGCGACCAUCCACCUCCCCGCCACCAACCUGCUCGCCACGCUCUGCCACGCCCGCGGCCAACGCGCCCUGAUCGGCCGCGUCUGCAUGGACAACCCCGCCACCUGUCCCGACUACCUCCUCGACGAGCCCGACUCCGUCGUCCCCAUCACGGAAGCCUCCAUCGCACAUAUCCGCCGGCUCGACCCGGAGGGACAACUCAUCAACCCCGUCAUCACGCCCCGUUUCGCCCCGAGCUGCACACACGCCUCUCUCGCCUCUCUCAGCGAACUCGCCGCGUCGGCAACGCCCCCACUCCACAUCCAGACCCACCUCGCCGAGAACCUCGACGAAUUGGCCCUGGUCCAUGACCUCUUCCCCCGCGCGCGAGAUUACACCUCCGUGUAUGAUCAUUUCGGCCUCCUCACACCGAAGACCAUCCUCGCGCACGCGGUCCAUCUCUCCGACGCGGAGAGGGAGAUGAUCAGAGACCGCAAGGCGAAGAUCUCGCAUUGUCCGGCGAGUAACUCGGCCCUUGGCUCGGGGAUUUGUCCUGUGCGGAGAACGCUCCGCGCCGGUAUCCCCGUCGGGUUGGGGACGGAUGUGAGUGGUGGGUAUGCGGUUAGUAUGCUGGAGGCUGUGAGGCAGGCGUGUUUGGUUUCGAGGCUGUUGCCGCAUGCUUCGCCCACUACCACCACCGAGGAAAAACAGAAAAAUCAAGAUAUCAUCGACGUGAAUCAGGCAUUAUACCUCUCCACGCGCGGCUCCGCGGCCGUGCUCAACAUGGCCGGCCAGAUCGGGGGCUUUGACGCCGGCAUGUCGUGGGACGCGCAGCUCAUCCGGCUCGGGGCUUACCGGUCGGUUGUCUCGGGGAAGGGCGUGGCGGAAUCGAAUGUGGAUGUCUUUGGGAUGGAGAGCUGGGAGGAGAAGGUCCAGAAGUGGGUGUGGAGUGGCGAUGAUCGGAAUGUGAGGGCUGUUUGGGUGGGGGGGAGGUUGGUUCAUGAGACAAGGGAUGGGCGAUGA